AUGCUUUGUACGGGGAGGAUCUUGGCGGCAUCUCAUUCCAGGACGCUGUUUCUUCCGCAGUGUUCGUCCUGCAAUAGCUCCCGGAGUUACAGUCUAGGAAAACCUAAAUCGAACACUAGAUGGCGGUGUUCGGCUGCGGAGGCGGAUUCUUCUUCGUUCGCAACUUCAAUCGAUGCGGAUUCCUCGGCCGAUAAGAGCGCCGCAGGAUUUUGUAUAAUUGAAGGUCCGGAAACGGUUCAGGACUUCGCUAAAAUGGAACUACAAGAGAUUCGUGAUAAUAUCCGGAGUCGUCGCAACAAGAUCUUCUUGCAGAUGGAAGAGGUUCGCCGGCUAAGGAUACAGCAAAGACUUAAAUGUGCAGAGCUGGGAAUUUUAAAGGAAGAGCAAGAAGCUGAACUUCCUAAUUUCCCAUCAUUCAUUCCAUUUUUACCUCCUCUGAAUUCUGCUAAUCUAAGGGUGUAUUAUGCUACUUGUUUCUCUCUCAUUGCUGGAGUCAUGCUUUUUGGUGGACUACUUGCUCCAACGUUGGAGCUGAAAUUGGGAAUAGGAGGAACAUCGUAUGCAGAUUUCAUUCGUAGUGUUCAUCUACCUAUGCAAUUGAGUCAGGUGGAUCCCAUUGUUGCUUCAUUUUCGGGAGGAGCAGUUGGAGUAAUUUCAGCCUUGAUGGUUGUUGAAAUAAACAAUGUUAAACAACAAGAGCAUAAGAGGUGCAAGUACUGCCUUGGAACAGGAUAUCUUGCUUGUGCUCGCUGCUCAAAUACUGGUUCUCUUGUCCUUAUUGAACCUGUUUCUACCCAUAAUAUUGGGGAUCUGCCAGUGUCUCCCCCUAAAACUGAAAGAUGCCCCAACUGUUCUGGAUCGGGAAAGGUCAUGUGCCCCACAUGUCUUUGUACUGGAAUGGCUAUGGCAAGUGAACAUGAUCCAAGAAUUGACCCUUUUGACUAA